AUGGAAAUACAAGAAAUUACAAUUGCUCGACCAAUUCCCCAACAGCAAAUAUACUUUGACAACUUAAGUUCUAACUCUUCUGUUAUUACUCCUUCUUCAUUGUCUUUUGAAAUGAACAGACAAAUUUUAACAGAACAACAAAAGAUUCAUUUUGGCUGUCCUCCUCCUGACUCUAAUCCAAUUCCGUUUGGUUCAGUUGACUUUUCUAAUUUCCAUGUAGAUUUUACGUCACCAACUCAGAUUGAAUCAAAUGAUUUCUCUGAAGAAUUUUCAGAUGAUAACACAUUUAACUAUCGUCUCUAG